GAGCGAGCCGGUGAAGCGCCGGGUUUUUACCAGAAACGAAGCCGCCCGUCUCAUGUUGAAACACCGUAAGGUCGUUUCCAGGCAGCUAACUUCGUGUCGUGGCCCAGCUAAACAGCUUGCAGACAAAGAAAGCUACUUCUUUGCCGUGAACACUGCCAGUGCCCUGUCAACCUGUCAGCGUCAGGAUGGCUGUUAAUAAAUCCAAAGUCUCAGUCGGAUUCAUAGCAGUAGGCGUCCUGACUGCGUUAUUCGGUAUCGUUCUCGUUUUUGUGGGGCCAAUAGUCAUCGAUGACCAAGUAGUAAAGAACACCAUCAUUGAUCCAAAGAAUGACCUCUCCUACACCAUGUGGAAGGACCUCCCUGUGCCCUUCUUCAUGUCCGUCUACUUUUUUCAUGUCCUCAACCCUGAGGAGAUCCUGAAUGGAGAAAAGCCCAUGGUGGAGCAGAGAGGACCGUAUGUGUACAGAAAGCAGUGUCGAAAGGAAAACAUCACUUUUCACCCCAACAGCACCGUGUCCUACAGAGAAUACCGCAGAUACUUCUUUGAGCCCUCCAUGUCGGUUGGGAACGAGUCUGACGUCAUCACCAUUCCCAACAUGUUGGUGCUGGGCGCAUCGGUGAUGCUGGAGGACCUGCCCUAUGCACUGCGGCUGUUGAUCAGCGCCACCUUCAAGACGUUCAAGGAAGGUCCCUUCCUGACCAAGACGGUGGAAGAGCUGAUGUGGGGCUAUGACAGCAAACUGGUCGAGUUCCUCAACAAGUACCUGCCGGGCAUGCUGCCGUCCACAGGAAAGUUUGGCCUCUUUGCAGAGUUUAAUAACUCCAAUACUGGUCUAUUCACCAUCCACACCGGGAGAGAUGACAUCAGAAACGUCCACAAAGUCGACUCCUGGAAUGGCCUCACUGAGCUGAGCUACUGGAGGACACCUCAGUGUAACAUGAUCAAUGGAACAGCCGGGCAGCUGUGGCCUCCUUUUAUGACAAAAGAGACCACUCUGCCUUUCUACAGCCCAGACGCCUGCAGAUCUCUGGAGCUUGUGUAUCAGCGACCAGGCGUGAUGAAAGGCAUCCCUCUGUAUCGAUAUGUCGCUCCCAAGACCAUGUUUGCGAAUGGGACGGAUUAUCUUCCAAAUGAAGGCUUCUGCCCCUGCAGACAGUCUGGGCUGCUCAACGUCAGUAGCUGCCGCUACAACUCUCCGGUCUUCAUCUCUCAUCCUCACUUCUUUAAUGCUGAUCCUGUGCUGCUGGACUACGUGCUGGGUCUUGACCCCACUGAAGAGGAGCACGGCCUUUUCAUUGACAUUCAUCCUCUCACAGGUGUCCCUCUGAAUGUCUCCAUACGUCUACAGCUUAACCUCUACAUGAAGAGAAUAUCAGGAAUUACAGAAACUGGAAAGAUUUCUGAGGUGGUGAUGCCCAUGCUGUGGUUUGAGGAGAACGGAUACAUUGAUGGACCAAUCCUCACUACGUUCCACACUAACCUGGUUAUUCUCCCUGCUGUCAUGGAGUACAUGCAGUACAUCUUCAUAGCCCUCGGCCUGCUCACCACCAUAGUGGCCGUCCUGGUGUAUUACAAAGUCAAGGCUUGUGAAGGAGAUGCCUUUCUGAGGGAAAGCACGAGCACUUCAACUCAUGAACGGACCCCUCUGCUUCAAGACAAGCAGCACUGACAUACUCCCCAAAAUAAAAAAAUAAAAAAACAACAACUUGUACUGACUCAGCUGCUGAGUCAGAUAUGGAACAAGAUACAAAACGCCAUAUUACAUAAACGGAAAGUUUACAAAACACUCAGCCAAAGAUGGUCGCUGACUUUUUCAGGUUUGUUAAAACAAUCAACCGCUUACAUGUGUAACCGUUUUAAAUAUGCAAAAUUUUUUCCCACUGUUGUCAUCUCAGAUAAUCUAUUUUAUUCGCCUCAUCAUUUCAUCAUCAACGACAGCAGUGGAUACAAACUGCAGUGAUUUUAGUUUAACUUUGACUACAAAGGAGCAAAUUAAAUUUUUUAGCCAGAUGUUUUGUAUUUUAACCACACAUGUGCCUUCAUCAUGGGAAUUUAUUGAGUCCAGUUGAUCUCCUGUGUUGUUGCUUUCUGUUUACACUGAAGAGUCUGGAGAUUAAACUGAGCUCGUUUUUAACCUUACACCAGUUUUGCACAUACAGCUGUGACAAUCAUUGAGUCGAGCAGAGGAGACGCACUCCUUGUUAUAUACUACUGUCUUUUGUUAGCGUUUAAAUGUAUAUGUUCGGGAUGAUGCAGAUAACGCUGUUUGAUGUCCAGCACACGUUUAUUGUGUAAAAAAAAAAACGUAUUAAAUAAGAGUAACAUGCAUAUAGAAAUAUACUGAUGUUUGACAUCAGUUUAGACUGAAGUUCUCCGAGAUCUUCAGUCUCUCUAUCUUCUCAUUUUCAGCAGAUGUUAACCUGUACUGUCUUUUUUUAAUUUGUGGAAGGAAUAAAUGUUAAUAAAAUGAU